GGCCAGCCAGGCUGGACUCACUGCACGGGCUCUGCUGGCAGCUUCCUGAGGUACCAAGGAGGAAGGAUGGAGGAAAGAAUGAACGUGCUCCACGACUUUGGGAUCCAGUCGACUCGCUACCUCCAAGUGAAUUACGAAGACUCCCAGGACUGGUUUGUCUUGGUGUCUGUGAUCGCUGACCUCAGGAACGCCUUCUAUGUCCUCUUUCCCAUCUGGUUCCACAUUCAAGAGACUGUGGGCAUCAAUCUCCUCUGGGUGGCAGUGGUUGGAGACUGGUUCAACCUCGUCUUUAAGUGGAUUCUUUUUGGACAGCGCCCGUAUUGGUGGGUCCUGGACACUGACUAUUACAGCAACAGCUCCGUGCCUCUGAUAAAACAGUUCCCCGUCACCUGUGAGACUGGACCAGGGAGUCCCUCGGGCCAUGCCAUGGGCACAGCAGGUGUAUACUACGUUAUGGUUACUUCUACUCUCGCUAUCUUUCGUGGAAAGAAAAAGUCAACGUAUGGAUUCCGGUGCUUGAAUGUCGUCUUGUGGUUGGGAUACUGGGCUGUGCAGCUGAACGUCUGUCUGUCCCGGAUCUACCUUGCGGCUCACUUUCCCCAUCAGGUGGUGGCUGGAGUCUUGUCAGGCAUUGCUGUGGCUGAAACUUUCAGCCACAUCCGGGGCAUCUACAAUGCCAGCCUCCAGAGGUACUGUCUCAUCACCUUCUUCCUGUUUGGUUUCGCACUUGGAUUUUACCUGCUGCUAAAGGGGCUAGGGGUGGACCUCCUGUGGACUUUGGAGAAGGCCAAGAGAUGGUGUGAGCGCCCCGAGUGGGUCCACCUUGACACUACACCCUUUGCCAGCCUCUUCAAAAACCUGGGGACCCUCUUGGGGUUGGGGCUGGCCCUCAACUCCAGCAUGUACCGCAAGAGCUGCAAAGGAGAACUGCGCAAGUCGCUCCCAUUCCGUUUGGCCUGCAUCGUGGCCUCCUUGGGCCUGCUGCAUCUCUUUGACUCGCUGAAGCCCCCGUCCCAGAUUGAGUCGAUCUUCUACAUCUUGUCUUUCUGCAAGAGUGCGACCGUCCCCUUUGCAUCUGUCAGUCUUAUCCCCUACUGCCUAGCCCGGCUCCUGGGACAGACACACAAGAAGUCUUUGUAAAGCGUUAAGUCUCUGACACAAGUCAGCGGCCGUGCAAAGGACUAGGAGCAACCCAAGCCUUGUGCAACCCAGUGUGGGGCCAGAGGUGUUCACAGCCACCCUGGUAGCCCUGUCUUUCUUUGCCAUCGUAACCAAAAAGGUGAAUUUUUAAAAGCUAACAGGGCUGUUUGAGGAAAGCGUGAAUGCUGGAAGAUGUUUCCCUGAUGAAUCACUUCCGGUCUCCUGUCCGACACAGAAGAGAAAGCCCAGACUAGAGAUCCUGACAGAAUGCUCUCACUGUGCAGAAUCCUCCAGGCCGAGGGUAAAAGAAAAGAGCGUUGUGCAUUUGCUAGGAAGAGAAGGAAGGAUCGGGAGGAGGGGGAGUGUUUGGUGGAUUGAGCAAACCAUAUGCAAGCCAUGUCUACCCGGCUUCAGUUAUGCCUGGGUCUUUAGAUAUGUAGGACACUCUCAAUAAUGAUAGACCAGCCCGUGUAAUGAGUAGCCAGUUAGAGGCGAUCAUUCUGCUCCCAGAUUUUUCUCUACUGUACAUGAAAGUCACACCGUGUGCUUGUAUUCCUGAAUGGUAAUGGUGACUGUCACUCAGGAACCACCACCUUCUCUGUCACACCACAGCUUUGUCCUCCUCGGCCCAGGUCUGCGUGCCAUAGGACUCAUCACUGCUUCCCUGACCACGCUGCUGGACCCUGCAUUGCUGAACCCCAUGCUGCUGGACCCUGUGGUGUACGGUGGGCAAUUGUUUGCUGGUGCUUUUGUAGGGUUAAGUUAAACUCUGAGAUCUUGGGCAAAACGGCAAGGGGAGAGUCAGGAUUCCUCUCUCCAAAGGUCACUCCGAAGUUACUUUUGAUUCCUGGAGCAGAAAUGACUCCUUCCUCUAGCCCAAGCCAGCCAAGAACUCAUUCUUAGAGGCAAAGCAGCCCAAGCCCGACUGUGCCUGUCCUCCAGCCUGGGCUGGUUUGCAGAGUGUGUCUUCAAGAAGAAAAAAUGGUAAAGCUAUUUAUUCAAAAUGCUUUGUUUUUUGCUAUGAAUGAUGCCUGUGUUUCCACCCACGCCAAGCACUUUGUUCCUAUUGUCUUUGAUAAGAAAACUACAUGUGUGCAGUAUUUUAUUAAAACGACAUUUUAUUUAAGAA